AUGACCCGAGACACCCUCAGCUCAGUCGUCCUCCACAACAUGGAUGGUGCACUGAGGAUAUUGCUGCUGGCAGUCCUGACUCUGCUGGUUUCUGCCCAGACAUUCACUAACUACAAAUACUUGCCUGAUAUAUAUAAAACACAUGUUGACAAAGCGCUGAAGAAGGCAAACAUUAUCUUUGGAAAGGGUCAUCAUGUUGCUUUUCAUUCACUCAUAAACACUCCAAAGAUAAGGAAGAGCAACCUGAACAUAAAUGUCCUUCUGAUGGUCACAACCUGCACAAAGGCUUCUAAGGACGCAUAUGAGCACCGAGAUGAAUGUAAUAAACAAAAAGAUAAAACGCCCUGGAUUGACUGUCUUGUGUGUACGACAAACAAUGAUGAAGAACUGGUUGAUUGUGGAAUGCUAAGAAAGGUCAACAAUAAAAUUCGUGAUAAAUUUCGAAGCAAAUGUAGGAAUUAUUCUCACGGGCAUGAUGAUGCAUUGUAUAGAUAACAAGAAACAGUUUGGAUGUCUCAGAUGUGUGUGAAGCUGCACAAAUCCCAACAAGACAAAUUCUAAGUACACAUACACACAGGCACACACACAUGCAUUUGUGUUCAAUGCUUCACCAGUUCCUAACCUGGCAUAAGCAAAUCAUGUUUAUACCUUUAUGACUUAAUGCUUUACCAUAAUUAAACAAAUCUCAAUACAUACAUACUGUAUAUUCUAUACAGUAUGUCAUGUUAAUCUUAAUCUGACCCACUGUAUCUACCACUUAUGAUUCAUAUUCCUUGUUCAUGCUUACGAUCAUAGUCUUGAUAUUAACAAAAUAGUUUGUUUGCUAUUUUUUUAUUUUUUUUAAAAGCCAAAUAAGAAAAAUAUGUAAAAAAAAAAAAAAAAAAGUAGCACUAUGGAUAUUUUAACAAAGUGAGAGAAAGAGAGAGAGAGAAUUUCCAGAUAUAUUUGCAAAAAUCUUAAAGCUCAGGUGCGGAUCUUGAAGCUGUAAGUGUUACUUACUAAUUUAAAGUAUUAGUUUGUUAAUUUUGUUUGGCUAAUACUGCUAAAUGUAGCUUGUAUUAAGAUUUAGUAGCAAUAGUUCUAUUGUGUGUAGAUAUCUUACCAAUGUGUGUUUAACUUUUAUAUCAAUGAACUGUGAUGAUGUCAUCAUGAAUUAAAA